CCCUUGUCAAUGUCGAGCGAAGGGCGUGCAUAGCCAAGUCAAGUCUCCUCUUCACUUCCACCGUUGGGGGAACAAGAGUCAUUCUUUGAUAAGCGAUUUCGGACUGGAUCGUACUCGUAUUGAUUCACACCGUAUACCACGGGGAGACUUCAAAGGCUGCUUAUCCCACGGAGGCUCUCCAUCCUACUCUUCUCUGUCUUGUUCAUUUUCUCGUUCUUCAGGAUAACUUGCCACUGCGGAUUCGUGGCCUGAAGCCGCGACAAACAAAAUGGAGUACUUCAACUUCGAGGAUGCCUCGAAUGUCAUCCCCAACCUGGAUCUCGAUGACUGUGGUUCGUUGCUGGGCGAGACCACCCAGGAUGAGGCCACGGAAUGCUACGACUCUCUUUUCUUCGACAAGUCAUUUGCCCUUCCUUCCAGUCGACCUGCGGAACCAAGCACGGUGAUGAUCAAAUUAAUCAACAAUGUCGAAGUCGAGGCUGUUCCACACACUUCUGACCUUAACAUGGACUACCCCAUGUUUCGUGCCAAAGAACCUUGUGAAUUGUGUGCGAGAAUGGGAUUGGACUGUUUCCUAGCUACUAGAGGCGCACUUGUCACAGGGUGUACAUGCUGCAUCUCCCUGUACCGAGAAUGCAGCUUUGUUCAUCCAAAAAUCCCAAAGGGUUUCGUCAGUACAUUGACCGGUAUCUCAGAAGAUCAUCAAGUCGGUGAAGGCGAGGUCACUGAACGCCGACGGGCGAUGAGAUCGAUGGAAGAAGGACGAGGUCGUAAAACAGGUGCUCGGUUCCCCCGCGACGCUGUCAAGAUCCUCAAGCAGUGGCUCGCCGAGCAUGCUGAUCACCCAUACCCCAACGAGCGUGAAAAGGAUGAAUUGAAACAAGUCACCGGUCUCAAGCGAAGCCAGAUCUCAAAUUGGCUCGCCAACGCACGGAGGAGGGGCAAAGUUCGACCAGCUUCAGGUCCUUCCUCGCCCAUGUUGGGAGCCAUUGAUAUCCCACAAAGAGCUCAAGAUUCUGCAGACAUUGCCAACCUCAAUCCCCUAGACAGAUGGAAGGCAUCGCCUCCUGAACACGAACCUGCCUCGAUGACUGCCAUCGCCAAAGCCGUUACGUCGACGCCGUUCCCUGCUCGCAACCCGUCAUACUCGAGCGCACAUAAUUCCAGAGCCGGCUCUCGGGCCGGUUCAAGGAACAGCUCACGCAAAGGCUCAAGUGAAGAGAACUCGUCCUUUUCCAUGUUCCGUGCACCAUCAGUUAGCAGUUUCGGUACAAGAGAAUCCACCAACAGUGACUUGACAUUCGCUUCUUCAAGGUCGAACAAGUCCAAGGCGUCUUUUGCUUCAUCUCAAGAACGACGCAGACGUAGGAGGGCACCAGUCACUCAACGGGCUGCUGCACAACAGGCCAAAACACGAAGCGCCAGAAUAUUCCAGUGUACAUUUUGUACGGAUUCUUUCCCUGCAAAGUACGACUGGCAACGGCACGAGAAGUCACUACAUCUGGCACUGGAAAGAUGGACGUGCUGUCCCAAUGGUGGAACAAUGAUUGAUGCUUUGACGCAGACCGAAAUGUGUGUCUUCUGCCGGGAGCCAAACCCGACAGCCGAUCACUUGGAGUUGCACAAUUUCACGGCUUGUCAGGAAAAGACUUUGCAAGAACGUACCUUUUACAGGAAGGACCACCUGAGUCAGCAUCUCAAGUUGAUGCACAACGCCAAAGUGCAUUCUCACAUGGACUCGUGGAAGAGUACCACCAAUGAGAUCAAAUCGGCUUGCGGUUUUUGUCCCUCCAAGUUCACUACCUGGCAGCAGAGGGCGGACCAUUUGGCUGCGCAUUUCCGCAAUGGCGCCGACAUGAGCACGUGGGCAAACGGAUGGGGUUUCGAGCCAUACGUCGAAAGGCUGGUUGAGAAUGCCAUUCCUCCUUACCUUAUUGCCCACGAGAAGUUGACCAUGGAUCCUUACGUUGCUCGAGCGGCGCAAGCGACCCCUUCGGCUGGCACGGAUGCCGGACUGACGACCGGUACCUCUGCCGAGAGCACCGAGCCUGACCAGAUAACCAAAGACUCGAACUGCUGGGGCAGACUGGAGCAAGAACUCACCAAAUUUGUCUCGCAGCAACGGUCCGCAGGCAGAUUUCCUUCUGACAAGGAGAUUCAAGAUCAAGCUCGUAUGAUCAUCUACGAAGACAAUGACCCUUGGAACUGGACCUGCGCGGACAAUCAGCAGUGGCUCGACACAUUCAAAUACCAACAAGGCCUGUGUGGUCUCACGGAUGCCCUGGCGACUCAAAACCUGGCCGAGGUACCCAUCAUGGCCCCGUACGUUAUCAAGGGUGGCUUGAAGACCAAGACGAGCCCUCCACCACACCACCACCACCACAACAGCAGGAAAAGUGUCUCUACCGACUCCGCCUCUUUGCCCGGCAUGAGUGCCGACUACGGCAGUAGUGCUCCCAACUCUGCCGUGGCCACCACCUUUGACCAAAACAUGGAUUUCGACUUUGACAGUAUCGAUUUCAGUGGUCUCGAUCUAGGUAUGGCGGACGACAUGACGUUCAACAUGGGUUUGGAAGGUCAGGUCGGCGGGGCCGGUAGCAGUACUGGUGCUGUCAUGACGUCUGCGCCUUUCUCGUCGAGUAUCCCUGGUGAGACUUUAUAUGGAUCUUUUGGAAUUGAUCCUAUGAUGGACAUGGGUAUGGGAAUGGGAAAUAUGAACAUGAACAUGAACAUGCCUAUGCAACCGCAGCAGAAAAAGAGUCCCCAAAAUACUCACAGUCCAAUGAGCGAGCAGGAUAUGAAUCAGUUGACUGGAUACAUGUCUGGAUUUCAAUGAUUUUGUUGGGUUUCGGAAAAGCGGAGUGUUUGGACCUUGUAUAUAUGGUUCAAAAAAAAGUGGUGAAGGAAAAAAAAGAAGAAGGAACCGUGACUGUCGCGUUGAUCAUACAUAUACACAGACACAUACAGACACACAGAGACACGAGAACAAGGAUCGCACAUUCAACACCCUCAUUGGAUUUGCCUUGGUUUGUCAAGCAAAGGGCGUACCGAGUACCCUAUAUACAGAAUAAUAAUACGAAUGAUCUAAUCCAA